UUUUUGAGACAAAGAGACAGAGCACGAGCAGGGGAGGGGCAGAGAGAGAGGGAGCCACAGAAUCCGAAGCAGCCUCCAGGCCCUGAGCUGUCAGCCCAGAGCCCGACGCGGGGCUCGAACUCACAAACCGCGAGAUCCUGACCUGAGCUCAAGUCGGACGCUUAACCGAGUGAGCCACCCAGGAGCCCCUAGCUGUUCUAAUUCCAAAAAAGAAAGGUGGAGGUAGCUUGGGACCAGUGAGGUAGCAGGGGCAAGCAGUGGCCUAAUUGUCCUGUUGGGAUUUGUUGGCUGAUUGGACAGGGGAGAGAGAGAAAGCCAGUGAGAGAAUGAAAUUGCCCCUUUUGAGAAGCAGGCCUGCAGGAAGGAACGGAGGGUUUUACUCUUGGGAUUUUGAGUUCAGCUUCGAAGGGUCGAUGUGGCAGAGGCAGUUGGGUAACGGAGUCUGUUGUUGAGGGAAGCUGUAACCCGAUGGAGACACAAGUUUGGGAGGCCUCUGCACAGAGGUGGUCAAAGCCCUGGGGCUGGAUGAAGUCACAGAGAGAAUGAGUGACAGGAGGGCCAGAAAGUGGGCCCAGGACCCUCCACAUCCGGCUCAGGGAGAAGAGGGACUACUUCAGCAUCCUCUCUGUCUAGACUGGAGGCUGGAUGGAGUUUGGAGGGCAGAAGACCAUAUUGUCACAUCUGGGACCCUUGUAGCUUGCGCCCACGCCAUGGCGGAACAGGAUGUGGAAAAUGAGCUUCUGGAUUACGAGGAAGAUGAAGAACCCCAGGCUCCUCCAGAGAGCACUCCUGCUCCCCCCAAGAAAGACGUCAAGGGUUCCUACGUUUCCAUCCACAGCUCUGGCUUCCGGGACUUUUUGCUGAAGCCGGAGCUUCUUAGGGCCAUCGUGGACUGUGGCUUUGAGCAUCCAUCUGAGGUCCAGCACGAGUGUAUUCCCCAAGCCAUCCUGGGCAUGGACGUCCUGUGCCAGGCCAAGUCUGGGAUGGGCAAGACGGCCGUCUUCGUGCUGGCCACCCUGCAGCAGAUUGAGCCUGUCAACGGACAGGUGACAGUGCUGGUCAUGUGUCAUACUCGGGAGCUGGCAUUCCAGAUUAGCAAGGAAUAUGAACGCUUCUCCAAGUACAUGCCCAGCGUCAAGGUGUCUGUGUUCUUCGGGGGCCUUUCCAUCAAGAAGGAUGAAGAGGUAUUGAAGAAGAACUGUCCGCACGUCGUGGUGGGGACACCAGGCCGGAUCCUGGCGCUCGUACGGAACAGGAGCCUCAACCUGAAGAACGUGAAGCACUUCGUGCUGGACGAGUGCGACAAGAUGCUGGAGCAGCUGGACAUGCGGCGGGACGUGCAGGAGAUCUUCCGCCUGACGCCCCACGAGAAGCAGUGCAUGAUGUUCAGCGCCACCCUGAGCAAGGAGAUCAGGCCCGUGUGCAGGAAGUUCAUGCAAGACGUGAGUAGGGUGGGACGGCAGCCAGCCACGGCCUCGGCGCGGCACCUCUGGCCCUCCUCGGUUCCGUGUCCUGAGCCGCUGCUGCUCCGGGACGCCCACACUUGCCUCACCGCACAAGAAUGCCGGGAGGCCCCGGAGCCUUCCUUCCCUCCUGUGUCUUGUCAGACUAGGAGCUGAGCUUGAUCUAUACCUGAGUCAGAGCCGAGCUUAGAUCAACGAUUGGGAGAGAGGCAUUUAUCGGGGUACGCAGGCCCUCUGGGAAGCAUCGCAACGUGGAGUCCUUCGCCGGAAGGUUCUGGGCAGGCAAGAUGCCCAGAAGUAAGCCCCGCCUGCCCCUUCCUGCACAGCCCAUGGAGGUGUUUGUAGACGAUGAGACCAAGCUCACGCUACACGGACUCCAGCAGUACUACGUCAAGCUCAAGGACAGCGAGAAGAACC